AGGGCGCUAACCGGAUGUGACGUUUUUGGCGCGAAACUUCAAAGGAAUAAACUCAACAAGAUUUAGGAGUGUUUUGUUGCUAUUAAGGAUUGAAAAUGAGUAAAAAAGAUUCAGGUGCUGCAGAACUCAUCCUGUCUUAUUUGAAUGAGAAAAACAGGCCGUACAGCGCUCAGGAUGUGUUCGGUAACCUGCAGAAACAACACGGACUCGGAAAAACGGCAGUGGUGAAGGCCAUGGAACAGCUGGCACAAGAUGGUCGGAUCAGAGAGAAGGUCUAUGGCAAGCAGAAGAUCUACUUUGCAGACCAGUCUCAGUUCGCCGAUGUAAGCGAUGCGGAACUGAAGCAGAUGGACCGCAGUAUUUCGGAGCUCAACAGCCAGGUGGAGGCGGUGAUGCAGAGCUGCAGGCAACUUGAUACAGAGCUGAAGGAGCUGAACAGCUCACUGACCACGGCGGAGAUGACGAUCCAGAUUAAGGAGCUGAAGUCCGAGUGCGAGGUCUACAGAACCCGACUGCACAAGAUCAAAUCAGCCACCAAUCACGUCACGCCUGAGGAGAGAGAGAAAGUGUACAAAGAGAGAAGCCUGUACGUGAAGGAGUGGAAGAAACGCAAGAGACUGGUAAACAUCUCCGGGCUGAAACACGACACGUUCAUAAAGCUCUCACACCACAGCGCUGUACGGUUCUCUGUUCUGAUCGUUCACAAGGCCACGGACAUGAUGGGAGCCAUUCUUGAGGGUUAUCCAAAAAGCAAGAAGGAAUUUCUGGAGGAGGUCGGAGUCGAAACGGAUGAGGAACAUAAAGUGAAGAUUCCUGGAGUGUGAUAGAUGGGGAUGAGGAAAUCCUGCGACGGACGGAGACGAGUGGAGGAUGCUACCGAUAUUAUUUAUGAUGUACGUGGAUGUGGGUGGAGGAAAAAAAAAAACUGCACAGGAGCGUAAAUGAAGUCAACAUCAAACGUUUAUUUUUUCCUGAUUACAAACAGCAUUUAUAUUUAUACAAAAAUAAUCUGACCGAGAAUAUUCUCUGGUUCUGAGCAGCAGCAGAGAUUUUAAAGCACAGAGUCUGUGAUGCAUUGAGCUGCGAUCGUGUGGCGAGUCCACGAUAUGGCUAAAGACAGAAAGAGUCCCUUUAUCUUCAGCACAGCGCUGAUUCAACAACAAUCUUUUACUAAGACUAGUCCUGAAUGUACAGAGAAGUCCUGCUUUCCUGAGAACUUUUCCUCGUUUGAUUUUAGUCGGAGUCGGAUACGGCUUUCCUCCGCGAUUGAGCUUAAACCUUGUACGUAAAAAAAAAAUAAAAAAAAUAAUAAUAACUGUCUUUGUACUUAAUAAAAUGAGGCUGAGUACAUUUUGAGUUACACAAAUGUCGUAUACAGUUUUUUUUUUUUUGUCUUCAAUUGAAUAAUAAAUAGCUUGAAAUGACAAUUUUGUACCUCAUCUAAAAAAAAAAAAAUAAAAAACUCCCAAGCUAAAGUCCGGCCUGUGUGUAACCUGAUUUGCCUACUAGCACUUGAUUGGCUCUUAAUCUAUGAUGUCAUAACUUUUUUUUU